GCUUCCGUAUCUUCUUCUACGACAGCGCUCUCAGCCCGGUCAGCCACAUCGACCACAAGGACGGAACGCCCCUUUGCUUGGGAUACACUGACUUCCACGAAAACAAGAGCUCUGAGAAGGAGAUCCUGAUGGUCGGUGACGACAAAGGCUAUGUUAGUGUCUACCCUCUGGAUGCCAACUACUGGCUCGAACAAGAGCCCAAGUCAGAAGGAAAGCCUGACAGCGAUGGCAAGAACAAACGGCGAAGGUCCCGAACAAAGUACCAUACGGACUGGGUCACAAAGGUUGGCUUUGUCUCGCAACUUCAAGCGAUGGUUACCUGCAGCCUGGAUGGUGAAAUCAACAUCUGCGAUGUUCACACCAAUCAGCGAAAAGAAGGGCGCGAUGCCGUACGCCUUCACAAGAAAGGCGUUCACUCCUGGUGUUGGUGCGCCAACUACAAGUUCUUUGCUUCGGGUGGAUCGGACCGUCAAAUCAUCAUAUGGAAUCCCUACACGCAGAAGGCCAUGAACUACCUGCAGGGGCACAAUGCCCCGGUGUUGGACGUUCUCGUCAACGAGAAGCAGCACCAAAUCAUCUCGAUGUCUGUUGACAAGGUUGUCAAGGUUUGGGACAUCCUGAACUACCAGUGUAUCCAGACCUUCACCGACAAAACCGAGUACAAGCCGGAGGACAGGCUCACCUGCAUGGCGUUCGAUGAAGAAGGACCUGCAUUGGUGCUGUGCUCCAGCCUAAUCAAUGUGUUGCCGAUCAGUGUCAAGGUUCAAACCAGCCGCACUCAUCUCGCGCCCAUAGUUGGAGCUCUGUACAACGAUGUUUUCCACCAGAUCAUCUCCGGGGACAAUACGGGGACGGUGUCGGUGUGGGACAUCAAGACAGGGAAGCUCGAGUUUGAAUUCCGUCGUGCUCACCAGGAUCACAAGAUGACAUGCAUGGCUUUUGACGAGUCGAAGCGAUGCCUCUAUACUGGUGGAGAGGAUGGGUGCGUUAAGCUCUGGAACUUCUCUUCGGGCCAGCAGUUGCGCAGCUUUACCAUGCGGAAGCCGGCAGAGAUUCGGAGUCUGUUGUGGGCCCAAGAGGGGCCCAACACAUUUGUCGUCGGAUUGGCCUGGGACAGGCGCAUCUACAUCUGGCCGGAUAGCCACAAGCAGCAGGUGGAACCGCAGUAUGUGCUCGAAGACUUCACCGGUCACGGGCAUACGGACGAUGUUACUUGCCUCAGCAAGCUGUCGUCGGUCACAGGCCUCCUGGCAACUGGAGGUGAUGAUGGCUAUGUGUGCUUCUGGAAGAUCCAGGAGACUGCGGCUGGUGGUGGCGCCAGCUCCAGGAGAUAUCGCCUGUUUGAUGGCCCCAACGCCCCCAAAAAGAACGCAGCCUCGACGGAAGGAAUGUCGGACCCGCGCAAGGGCAAGAAGGGUGGGCAAGGAGGCGAGCCGACGCCGGCUACGAAGCGGGUGUCCCAUGCAGCUCCACCGCAGGGCUACCCGGACUCUCCAACCUCGUCGCUUCCUCCAGUUGGGGAAGGCCAGGAAGAGUGGUGGCCCGAGGAGAGCGAGAAGCGACGGCACUCCGCCAUGAAUUUGAUGGAAAGGCUCUCAGGGUCUGACAAAGACGCAGGAUUCACGUCCUGCAGCGUGGAGCACACGAUCUUCCUGGAACACAAGGAGUGCCUGCUGACCAUUCACGCCGACCAGUUGGCGAGACUCUGGUCGACUAAGCAGGCAGAGUUUCUUGGCAAACUCGUCUUCAUGGAGGAGUCUCCAGAGGAGGCCUCUGGGCUGACUCUUGUGCAGCAAGAAGCCAUCACUGCGGUGUACACCAGCGCGGACAACAUGUGGCUCUUCACUGGAGAUGCGAACGGGUGGGUCCGUAUCUGGGACCUCUCGACGAUUCGCGUGGACCUGUGUCCAUCACACCUCCUCAAAGUCAAGGAGAUGCAGUUGCACCGCAUGGCCGUGACCUCGUUGCAGCACUUUAAGAUGGAUGAUUUAGUCGUCAUUGUGUCGGCAUCAGCGGACUGGACUGUCGCGCUGCACACCAUCGAUGGCACUCGCAUCGGUAACUUCAGCCAUCGCGUCCAAGAGUGGAGGAUUUCAGACACCAGCACUUGGUGUGACCAGCCGCCCCCGGUGAAAGAAGGCAUCCGGGGACCGGAGGAAGAUGAUGAUCGUUGGAGCAGCAUGAGUCCACGCCGCGCUGGCAUGGCCGGAGCUGCAGGUGCACGUCGAGAAGGGGGGGCUUCGACCAGUGGGAGCGUUCCAGGCAUCGGCGUCGGCGUUGGGCUGCGUACUCCCAGGGGCUCCAAGGUCCGGACCCGGCCGGUGAUUGCACCACCGGUGCAUUCCGGCCAGGGCGACUUUGGCAAGCUGAGCGUCGUCGAGCGCUUCAAGCCGGACCUAACGCUGGCAGAACAGGAGCGACAGAAGCUUUCGGGCAAACUCUGGAGCAGGAAAUGA